AUGCUACCACCAAACAAAUCAGAGCAACAGUCAGAGAUGCCUGACCUUAGCAACCCAUACAUGUAUCCUUCAAACCCAAUAGCAUCAACUAAAGAACAAAACUACCCAGUAACAAACAGCACAUUCAAUCAUGCACAAUCAAGCGAUGUUGACCCCGAAUUAACUCGAUUUAAAAGUCUAUUUUGGAAAAAAGCAGGUGAACUGCAGUCGACACUUGGUUCAUUAACAGGUCUUACAUCGUGGCAGCAAUCAGGAGAAAAAACAAGAGAAGAAGCUGAGAGAGAACAUAAAGAAGCACAAGAAAGACUUGGUCAUGGUGAGGCGAGUCGAAUCCACGGCGAAUAUGAUCGACUCAUGGGUUAUGUAACUUAUGCAGUUGGACAUGUUGCGGGCGACAAUGAAAUGCAAAUGAAAGCUAACGAACGAACUGAAAGAGGCGCUGCUGAAAUCAACAGAAGUUUACAUAGUUAA